GGCUUAUUUGUUUUUUUUAAAGGAAGGGGAUGCCUCUUUGUUGUAAGAUCUGUGGCAAUAAAGCCAUUUUAAAGCGACCAAAAACGGGUGAUGCUUUGUGUAAGGAGUGCUUUUAUGUUGUAUUUGAGACUGAGGUCCACCACACAAUAAUCUCAAAUAAACUCUUUACAAAAGGACAAGUUGUAGCUAUUGGUGCAUCUGGUGGAAAAGAUUCCACGGUGUUGGCUUAUGUACUUAAAAAACUCAAUGAAGAGUAUGACUAUGGGUUAAAAUUGAUUCUAUUGUCUGUGGAUGAGGGAAUAACUGGUUACAGGGAUGAUUCAUUGGAGACAGUGAAGAGAAAUGAAAUGCAGUAUGAGUUACCACUCAAGAUUGUUUCGUAUGAGGAACUCUAUGGCUGGACCAUGGAUGCUAUUGUCAAGCAGAUAGGACUGAAAAAUAAUUGUAAGUGCAGAAUUCAAUUUCCUUUUAUUAUUUCAAAGAUUGAUCUCAAAGGUGAUGCUUUGUGUAAGGAGUGCUUUUAUGUUGUAUUUGAGACUGAGGUCCACCACACAAUAAUCUCAAAUAAACUCUUUACAAAAGGACAAGUUGUAGCUAUUGGUGCAUCUGGUGGAAAAGAUUCCACGGUGUUGGCUUAUGUACUUAAAAAACUCAAUGAAGAGUAUGACUAUGGGUUAAAAUUGAUUCUAUUGUCUGUGGAUGAGGGAAUAACUGGUUACAGGGAUGAUUCAUUGGAGACAGUGAAGAGAAAUGAAAUGCAGUAUGAGUUACCACUCAAGAUUGUUUCGUAUGAGGAACUCUAUGGCUGGACCAUGGAUGCUAUUGUCAAGCAGAUAGGACUGAAAAAUAAUUCAUUUCCAGGUCACAAUGCAGACGACAUAGCAGAAACAGUAUUAAUGAAUGUUUUACGAGGGGAUAUAGCAAGACUUAGGCGAUGUACAGCUAUUGUGACGGGCACUGAGGGUGCCAUUCCUCGUUGUAAACCAUUCAAGUACACUUACGAAAAAGAAAUUGUAAUGUACGCGUACUUCAAAAAGCUGGACUACUUUUCAACAGAGUGUAUUUAUUCUCCAAAUGCUUACAGGGGUCACGCAAGAACCUUUCUCAAGGAUUUAGAAAAAAUUCGUCCAAGCUCCAUCUUGGACAUCAUCCACUCCGGAGAAAGCUUGUUUGUGAAAAAGGAUGUCAAGAUGCCCGUUCAAGGUAUUUGUAAGAGAUGUGGUUAUAUUUCAAGUCAGUCUCUGUGCAAGGCGUGUGUGCUUCUAGAAGGACUUAACAAGGGACUACCAAGGUUGGGUAUCGGCAAAACAACCAAAGCUCAGAUCGAAGCCCUGAGCAGUGCUGAUGGUUCCAGUCCGCCUGCAAGUCGAGACAACUGCAGCGCUGCGACGUCUCUUGAAUUUUGAUACUUGUGUAACAAAUAAAUAUAAUUAAAAUACAAAGACAGUA